CAUAGUAACCGUAAUGAAAAUAAGUUCUAUGCAUUUUUUAACUGUACGGUCAUUAGUUUGUCUUUACAAUUUGAAUUUGUCACCUAUGCCUUUUUGUAUUUAAAAUUAAUGAAAUAUUAAAAAUUUUAUUUUAAAUGACCCUUUGAUUGAACAUUAUUUAUUAUUUUAGAUGGACCUGAAAAUUUUCAGGAGCCAGAAACAUGCCAAAAAACACAACCUGGAAACUGUAGGACAAUUAAAAAGAGUAUUAACGCGAAGCUGAAAAAAAAAUAAUUCAAACUUUGACUUAUAUAUGUCAGAAAUAAUUAUUUUAUAAUAACAAGUCGUAGGAGUUUUUGUCUACCGUAUAGACACUGUAAAAAGAGCCGUAUUUUCGUUGAAAUAAUUAUCAUGACAAAGUGUCGGUAGAUCCAGAUUGAUCAAACGUCAAUUUCACGAACACACGUGAAAAAGAAAAUGAAAGUGCAAAUGACUGUCUGUCGUGAGCACGCAUGGAUGAAUACGCAUAUAUACACGUUCUUUACAGCAUCAGUAAUAAUCAGCAUAUACGGCCGUGCGCGUCCGUGACGUUUUCGGCAAUGAAUUAAGCAGUACAAUGAAAUUGUAAAGCAUAAGUGGCAGACAGUCAGUGUUGCUAAGAUGGCGAGCACGGUCGAGCCCGAGUCUGCUGCGGCUGGCGAGGAAUGUGAUUUGUCGAAAAAGCCCGAUAGAAUACUCAUUUUCAGUGGCAAAAGAAAAUCCGGAAAAGACUUUAUCACCGAUGAAUUGUUCAAAAGACUCGGCGACGACAAAAGCGUCAUUAUAAAACUUUCUGGACCGAUAAAAACACAUUGGGCAAAAGUAAAGAAUCUCGAUGCUGAUCAGUUAUUUGGUGAUGGAAAGUACAAAGAAAUUUAUCGAUUGGAGAUGGCCAAAUGGGGUGAACAUAUGAGAAAUAAAGAUUACGGAUACUUUUGCCGUGCUGCUAUACAAAUGUAUAAUGCUAGCAACAAAUCGAUCUGGAUCGUAAGUGAUGCAAGAAGAAAAUCAGAUUUAAAGUGGUUCCGAGAGUACUGCCACAGCGCUUGCAGGACAAUCCGAGUAUCCUGCAGCGACGAAACCAGAGCCCAACGCGGAUAUGUUUUUACACGUGGAAUCGAUGAUGCGGAAACCGAAUGCGACCUUGACGACGUUUUGGAUUGGGAUUUAGAAGUUAAGAACGAUAAUCUGAAUAUUGAAUAUAUUAUAAAAAAAAUUGAAGAUAUUUUAAAAUGAUCGUUGCAAUUGGAGUUUGUAAAUAUAUAAAUAAUUUUACAUACAUUGUACAUAUAAAAUGAUGUCGUAUGUAGUAUUUUAGUUAGGUUUUCGAUUCAUUAAAAAAUGUUCCCCAUACAGAUG